AUGGAAACAAGGAUCAUCAAGGUCUCUCCGAGCAAGGACUCUCCCCUCGGCAAAUUCGAAGCCUCCCUCCCUUCACCACCGUCAUCACCAUCACCAUCCACAACCUCUUUAUCAUCAUCAUCAUCACCGCCGCCCUCCAAGCUGGAAGAAUGGCGCAUCCUCCCCUCCUCCAAAGACGCCAUCGCCGCCCUCGAGUCCGCAGCAGCCUACCUCCGAACCAGCAACACGCCCGUCGCCUUCCCCACGGAAACCGUCUACGGGCUCGGCGCGGACGCCACUCGCAGCGCCGCCGUCAAGGGCAUCUACGCCGCCAAGGGGAGGCCGUCGGACAACCCGCUCAUUGUGCACGUUUCGGACCUGCGCAUGCUGCGCGAGCUGCUGGGCAAGAACAAGGACGACCCGGAUGCCAUCCCGAGCAGGUACAGGGCGCUGAUAGAGCGCUUCUGGCCGGGCCCGCUGACGAUCCUGCUGCCGAAUCCGCAGCCGUCAAGGUUGGCGCCGGAGGUGACGGCGGGGCUGGAGACGUUUGGCGCGAGGAUGCCGUCGUCGCCGCUGGCUUUGAGCCUGAUUAAGCUGGCUGGCGUGCCUCUUGCGGCUCCUUCGGCGAAUGCUUCGACCAAACCGUCUCCCACGGCGGCGCAGCACGUCAAGGACGACCUGGAUGGACGGAUCGAGUUCAUCCUCGACGGGGGUCCCUGCCAGGUCGGCGUCGAAAGCACCGUCGUGGAUGGCCUCUGCGACCCGCCGGUGGUGCUGCGACCGGGAGGCAUCAGCAUGGAGGAGCUCCGGAGCUGUCCCGGCUGGGAAAACGUGGCCAAGGCGUACAAGGACCACAGCGAGCUGGGCAAGGCGGCGCCGAGGGCUCCUGGGAUGAAGUACAAGCAUUACAGCCCCAAGGCGAGGGUGGUGCUCUACGAGUCUACGUACGCGGAUGGCUCCGGAGGGGUGCUGCCGUCGGAUGUCGAGGUUGCCGGCGCUACGGAGAACGGAAACACGGGGAAGACCAACGGUCACUCGUCGACGAGGAUAGGCGUGAUUCGUACGCAGCGGUGGAAGUCGGGAGCGGGUCUUGAGUGCGAUAAUUUACAGCCUGCUCCCGUUGAUCAGGAUGCUCAUGAUGACGAGUACCUGAAUCCCGCAUAUCAGGUGUUUAAAGGACAUCUCAAGAACAAACAGGGCGAUGUCAUCGGUGAGCUAUUCGACAUUGACCUAGGACACGACACGAAGAGGAUAGCGCAAGGGCUGUUUUCGGCGCUGCGGGAGCUGGAUCGCCGGAACAUAGACACAAUCUUUGUCGAUGGCAUAGACGGCGAGCUGGACAUCGCCGCUGCCGUGAUGAAUCGCCUUCGCAAGGCGGCAUCGGAGAUCCGGUCAUGA